AUGAAACGGCGAAUGCCAUGCACCAAAGGAAGGAAAAAGCAGAACAUUUCUUGUCCCUCCAACAACAAAAAAAAUGACAAGGUGCAAAAGGAAGUCAUAAGAGCAACAUUAGGCCAUCAACAGAAUUUGAAGAAAAUGAAGAACACAAAAAAUCCAACAAUAAUAGUCUGUUACUACAGAACGAACAAGAAAAUACAUCAGAAUCAGCUGGAGUCUAAACAAGAGACCCCAGAGAGCUCUGAUGAUCCAAGCAGUGACCUGUCAGUGGCAGGGGCCAGAGAUCUGGGCCUAUCUACUGUAGCUCAUGAGAAUGCAAUGGAGAAAGCCAACUUCAGAGAGACCACAUCUGAAAAAAUAGUGGUGAUGACAAUAAAAUCAAGUUAUCAACAACAACAAAAAUUAACCAAUAAAUAA